UUAAACAGGGGACAUUUUCAUCUUGUUCUGUUCUUUAUGAUACUUGGCUUUAUUACCUUAACUACUGGCUCUUUUCGACGUCCAGGCAGAAUUCCCGUCAACUGCUGCAAGUCUGUAUCCUCAAAGAAAGGUUCUUUUACCAUCACAAGUUACAGGAUUCAACCGAGGUCAAAGCCUUGUGUAAAAGCUGUCAUAUUCUACACCAAACAGAAGGGGGCAAUUUGUGCCAACCCCAAAGCAAAAUGGGUACAGAAGAUGAUCAAACAACUCAAGUCUGUUGCUCAUCAAUGCGUUUCUUCACCGACAAUUGAAGAGAAGUGAAGAAUGGGGCAAAGUUUUUUUUCUGGCAAAAACGACUGCUCAAUGUUAUAAUCCUUUCUCACCCUUUUUCAACUGAUCUUAUGCUUUUGCUAGUGCACUCCAGAAAAUCACAGAUUGUUGUAACCAAUCUCAGAAAGUUGACAAAUCACUGUAAUGUAAAAUACACAGGGAAGCUUAAAAUAUUAUCAAGCAAUUAUAUUUAAAUGCACAUUAUUAUUAAAAUAGAUACUUAAACAGCAAAUGAUGCCAUUGCUGGGAAUUAAUAAGUGCAAUGUUGUGGUUCUGUUAGCCAAGCCGGGAAUUUGUGUUGCAGACGUUUCGUCCCCUGUCUAGGUGACAUCCUCAGUGCUUGGGAGCCUCCUGUGAAGCGCUUCUGUGAUCUUUCCUCCGGCAUUUAUAGUGGUUUGAAUCUGCCACUUCAAACCACUACAAAUGCCUACACAAAUUCCCGGCUUGGUGAACAGAACCACAACAACGAGCACCCGAGCUACAAAUCCUCUCACAAACUUUGAAUAUGUGCAAUGCUCAGUGUUGUACAAAUUUAUGGGCGAUGUUCUUCUUUGGGAAUGGUGCAAAGAACUUUUGCU